UUUGGUUUCUCUUCAGAUCUCAUAAAACCACGAAUCACUGAAAAACACACACACACACUCUCUCUCUAUUUUUGCUCUUUUAUUCUUCAUUCACCGCCAAACAUUAUUAGGGUUUUCGACAAUUUCAUCAUUUUCUUUUCACUUAAUUUUUCUUUUUUCAUUUUUUUUAAUUUCUAAAUUCGGUGUUUGAAUUGAGAAGCGGUUUUCGACGAUUCCGAUGUCGGCUUCCAUGGUGUCCAUCACGGCGGCGAACCCGGGGGCGCGUCGGAGACCUGUCAUCGCCGCCGAGAAAAAAACCGCCACCAACAUCGAGCUCCUCGCCAACGACGUUGCUCUUUCUCCGGCUGUCGCAACCUCUGGCGCCGGCGACCCCGGCGCACCAUCCGCCGGAAACGCCCGAGAUCUCAGCCACCAUUCAAUCCGCGGCGAGGCACUCCUCGAGAGAACCUCUCGAGAAUUGGUUCCGGCAAAGAAGAUCACCGGUGCCGGUGGAAACUCGGCGUCGAUUCCGCCACGGCGAUCGCGGAAGCCAGUUCCGAAGGCUGAGAAGCCACGGUGGGUCACGGUGCUGAGCAUUUUGGGGAAGAAUUUGGUGCUCUUGGUGGUGCUCGCUGGGUUGGUUCAUCUGAUUCGGAGGCUGGCGUUGAAAUCCGGCGACGCCGCGGCAGGGGGAUUUGCUGGGUUGUCCGAAUUUGAGGGCCGGAUUUCAGACGUGGAGGGUCUGUUGAAGAAGACGGCGAAGAUGAUUCAGGUGCAAGUUGAUGUGGUGGAUAAGAAGAUUGAGGGUGAGGUUAGAGGGUUGAGGAAGGAACUGAACGAAAGAAUUGAUGAGAAAGGUGCAAUCUUGGAAAAUGAGUUGAAGAAAUUGGAGGCAAGGAAUGAGGAAUUGGAGAGGUAUAUGGAUGAGUUGAAGGGAGAGGAUUGGUUGACAAAGGAAGAGUUUGAGAAGUUCGUUGAGAAAUUGAGGAAUGUGAAGGGGAGUGGGUUUGAGGGUGGUGGAUUGGAUGAGAUAAGGGAAUUUGCGAGAGGGGUGAUUGAGAAGGAGAUUGAGAAGCAUGCUGCUGAUGGGCUUGGGAGGGUGGAUUAUGCUCUUGGCAGUGGCGGUGCCACGGUUGUGAAGCAUUCAGAGGUUUAUGAUGUGGGGAGGGGCAAUUGGUUCUUGAAGUCUGCUAGAAAUGGUGUCCACCCCAGUGCUGAUAAGAUGUUGAAACCGAGUUUUGGUGAGCCGGGGCAGUGUUUCCCCUUGAAGGAUACUAGCGGGUUUGUUCAGAUUAGGUUGCGCACUGCCAUCAUUCCUGAGGCUGUCACCUUGGAGCAUGUAGCAAAGAGUGUUGCAUAUGAUAGAUCAAGUGCUCCCAAAGACUGCAGGAUCUCUGGUUGGCUACAGGGGCGUAAUACUGAUUCUCUAAUUGAUACUGAGAAGAUGUAUCUUCUAACAGAAUUUACGUAUGACCUUGAGAAGAGCAAUGCUCAAACAUUCAACGUGAUGAAUUCGGCGGCUGCUGGUGUUAUCGACACAGUAAGGUUCGAUUUUACAUCCAACCAUGGAAGCCCUUCACACACAUGUAUAUAUCGCUUGAGAGUUCAUGGUCAUGAGCCUGACUCAGUGUCUAUGAUGGCAGUGGAGUCAUAGUGCAUGUAUUAUUUGCUUUGGAAUUUUGUCAAUGUCUGUAAUUGUUCAGUAUAUUUUGUUUAGUCCUAGGAUAGGAAGUCAUGGACAACGUUGUUACAAGAUGCAGUCACUAAUGUUCAUUGUUAGAGUAUUUAACUUCUUGCUGCUUCAAAUGGAUUUUGUAUCUAGUGUAUGAUUCUGUGUUAGGCAGUUGAUAGAUCUUGG